UGUCGCUGCGCGGGCGGCGGUUGGGAUCCGUCCGGUCUGUCCAGCCGGAGAGGGACCUGGUGCCUGUACCCAGGUUUCUGUCGCUCAGUUACCUGUGCUAUUCCCUGCUGUAGUCACAGGAGCUGUCGAGAGGACCCCGGGACAUCUGAAAUCCAGGAAAUGAUGUUUCAGGACCCAGUGGCCUUUGAGGAUGUGGCUGUGAACUUCACCCAGGAAGAGUGGACAUUGCUGGAUAUUUCCCAGAAGAAUCUCUUCAGGGAAGUGAUGCUGGAAACUUUCAGGAACCUGACCUCUAUAGGGAAAAAGUGGAAAGACCAGAACAUUGAAUAUGAGUACAAAAUCCCCAGAAGAAGCUUCAGGAGUCUCAUAGAAGAGAAAGUCAAUGAAAUUAAAGAAGACAGUCAUUGUGGAGAAACUUUUACCCAGGUUCCAGAUGACGGGCUGAACUUCCAGGAGAAGCAAACUUCUCCUGAAGUAAAAUCAUGUGACAGCUUUGUGUGUGCAGAAGUUGGCAUAGGUAACUCAUCUUUUAAUAUGAACAUCAGAGGUGACAUUGGACACAAGGCAUAUGAGUAUCAAGAGUAUGGACCAAAGCCAUAUAAGUGUCAACCGAAGCCAUAUAAGUGUCAACAACCUAAGAAUAAGAAAACCUUCAGGUAUCGCCCCUCCCUUAGAACACAAGAAAGGGAUCGCAUUGGAGAGAAACCCUAUGCUUGUAAAGAAUGUGGAAAAACCUUUAUUUUCCAUUCAAGCAUUCGAAGACACAUGGUAAUGCACAAAGGGGAUGGACCUUAUAAAUGUAAAUUUUGUGGGAAAGCCUUCCAUUGUUUCAGUUUAUGUCUUAUCCAUGAAAGAACACACACUGGAGAGAAACCAUAUGAAUGUAAACAAUGUAGUAAAUCCUUUAGUUAUUCUGCUACCCUUCAAAUACAUGAAAGAACUCACACUGGGGAGAAGCCCUAUGAAUGUAGCAAAUGUGAUAAGGCAUUUCAUAGUUCCAGUUCCUAUCAUAGACAUGAAAGGAGUCACAUGGGGGAGAAGCCUUAUCAAUGCAAAGAAUGUGGAAAAGCAUUCACGUAUACCAGUUCUGUUCGUAGACAUGAAAAGACCCACUAUGGGAAAAAGGCGUAUGAAUGUAAGCAAUAUGGGGAAGCCUUAUCCUAUCUUAUAAGUUUUCAAACACACAGAAUGAACUCUGGAGAAAGACCUUAUAAAUGUAAGAUAUGUGAGAAAGGCUUUUAUUCUGCCAAGUCAUUUCAAACACAUGAAAAAACUCACACUGGAGAGAAACCCUACAAAUGCAAGCAAUGUGGUAAAGCCUUCAGAUGUUGCAAUUCCCUUCGAUAUCAUGAAAGGACUCAUACUGGAGAGAAACCCUAUGAAUGUAAGCAGUGUGGGAAAGCCUUCAGAUCUGCCUCACACCUUCGAAUGCAUGGUAGGACUCACACUGGAGAGAAACCCUAUGAGUGUAAGCAAUGUGGGAAAGCCUUCAGUUGUGCCUCAAACCUUCGAAAGCAUGGUAGGACUCACACUGGAGAGAAACCCUAUGAGUGUAAGCAAUGUGGGAAAGCCUUCAGAUCUGCCUCAAACCUUCAGAUGCAUGAAAGAACUCACACUGGAGAGAAACCCUAUGAAUGUAAGGAAUGUGAAAAAGCAUUCUGUAAAUUGUCUUCUUUUCAAAAACAUGAAAGGAAGCACAGAGGAGAAAAGCCCUAUGAAUGUAAGCAUUGUGGGAAUGGAUUCACAUCUGCCAAGAUCCUUCAAGUACAUGCAAGAACACACAUUGGAGAGAAACACUGUGAAUGUAAGGAAUGCGGAAAAGCAUUCAAUUAUUUUUCUUCCUUGCAUAUACAUGCAAGGACUCAUAUGGGAGAGAAGCCAUAUGAAUGUAAGGGUUGUGGGAAAGCAUUCAGCUAGCCUGGUUCCUUUUAUGGACAUGAAUAGACUCACACUGGAAGGAAACACUAUGAAUGCAAGCAGUGUGGCAAAGCUUUCACAUGUUCCAGUUCUUUUCGAUACCAUGAAAUGACUCACACUGGGGAGAAACUCUAUCAGUGUAAGCAGUGUGGGAAAGCCUUCAUUUCUUUUACUUCUUUUCAACGUCAUGAAAGGACUCACAUGGGAGAGAAACCCUAUGAGUGUAUGUGAUGUGGAAAAGCAUUUCUUCUAGUUCCCUUCAAUAUCAUGAAAGGACUUACACUGGAGUGAAGCCCUAUGAAUGUAAGCGGUGUGGGAAAGCCUUCAGAUCAGCCUCGCGCCUUCAAUGGCAUGGAAGCAUUCACACUUGGGAGAAACCCUAUGAAUGUAAGCAGUGUGGGAAAGCCUUCAGAUCUGCCAAGAUUCUUUGAAUACAGAUAAUGAAUGUAAACAACUUUAUCAUAACUGUAUACUAACAUGUUAUUUUUAAAUAAUUAAGCUAUAAUAAAAUAUCCUAUUGGUUUUAUGUAUUAGA